AGCGGGACGUUUGAGCCGCGACAUCCGCUGUGCCUCGGCGAGCAAAGAAAAAGCUCGAGCCUAGAUCGACCCGCAUCAUUUAUAGUGAACGAGUGCGAAGACGAACAUCGGCCAUGAAGUGCUACGUGGUCCUGCUGGCAGUAGCUGUCUGCGUCGCUGACACAGAUGGUGACAGUGGCGUGCCGGUCUUGAAGUUCCCGCCCGAAGCCGCCGACUGCGGUUCGAACGAGAUGUGGAAGCAGUGCGUAAGCAGCUCGUGCGCCGAGACGACUUGCACGAAGCGCUUCGUUGGUCCAUCAUGCACGUACGACUGCAUCUACGGCUGCUACUGCGCCGAUGGAUUCCAUCGCAACGCAGAAGGAAACUGCGUCUCGUCUGACCAGUGCCCGCCCGAGGAACAAAAUCUCGGUAACCAUUGCUGCAGCAAAAGAUUCCACAUCCCAUACAUCGUGCGACGUCGCAGGAGACAAAGGCGUAACCACUCUGAGAAAGGAGUGAAUCCCGACGAGGUUAAGGACCCCGCGGAACUGCAACCGGAGAUGGCAGAGGGUUCCGUUGCCAAGCGCCGCUUCAGUUGCAGAGGGGGCUCCCGUUCCAGGGGGAGCCCCCGUUCCAGGGGGAGCCCCCGUUCCAGAGGGCACCCCCGUCCCACAGGGCACCCCCGUGCCAAAGGCCACCCCCGUGCCAUAGGAUACUCUCGAUCCAGUGGGCUCUCCUGUUCCAGGAGCCAAUUAAGGUCGAGAUCAAUGUCGGCCGUGGAUGGCGCUGGGUCACUGAUAUGGCGUGGUCAAGCUCCAGCUCCAGGCAGCUUGACACGAAACAAGAAAGUGACCUGGGCCGACACAAUUGGCGACAGCGGCUCCGCAACGACAACAUCGACAACAUCAAAGCAAGGUAAGGCACAGCCAGAGCAUGUGGAAUAUCUGUGAAUACACACACUGGAA